UUGUUUCUAACCGGAAGAUUUUAUAGAAGGACCGUAAAGGACGUGCCUGAUUGGCUGGAUAAAAAUCCAGUUUUCUUGUCCAGUUCAUAGCACGUUAGCUGUACUAUGUUGAAUCAUAAUAUAAUAUAAUAAUGUGAUCUCUCACUACUCUUCUCAACAGACUUUAAUCAGCAGUGUGCUCUCGUCGCUCCAGACGCUAACAAAAUGGCUACGCUAGUUCUUGACAACGGAGCCUAUACGGCAAAAAUAGGAUACAACCAUGAAAAAGUCAGUGUCAUCCCAAACUGCCAGUUCCGCUCCAAGACGUCAAGGUUAAAAACCUUCACUGCCAAUCAACUAGAUGAAAUCAAAGAUCCUUCUGGUCUGUUCUACAUCCUCCCCUUCCAGAAGGGGUAUCUGGUCAACUGGGAUGUCCAGAGGAAAGUCUGGGAUCAUCUCUUUGGAAAGGAGAUGUUCAAGGUUGAGUUUGCAGACACCAGCAUCGUCAUCACAGAACCUUACUUCAACUUCACCUCCAUUCAGGAGUCAAUGAAUGAAAUCUUGUUUGAGGAGUACCAGUUCCAGUCUGCUCUCAGGAUAAACGCGGGCUCUCUUAGCGCUCAUCACUACUUCCAUAUGAAUCCCUCACAGCUUUGCUGCCUGGUGGUUGACAGUGGCUUCUCCUUCACCCACAUUGCUCCCUAUUGCAGGAGCAGGAAAAUGAAUGAGGGCAUUAGCAGGAUCAAUGUUGGAGGAAAGUUACUGACCAAUCACCUGAAGGAGAUCAUUUCUUAUCGCCAGUUACAUGUGAUGGAUGAGACCCAUGUGAUCAACCAGGUGAAGGAGGAUGUCUGCUAUGUCUCCCAGGAGUUUUACAAGGACAUGGAGAUUGCUCAGUUAAAGGGGGAGGAGAACACUGUGAUGAGGGAUUAUGUUCUACCAGACUUCAGCUCCAUCAAAAAGGGCUUCUGCAAGCCUCGAGAGGAGAUGGUCUUCACUGGAAAAUACAAGACAGGAGAGCAGAUCCUGAGAUUGGCCAAUGAGCGCUUUGCUGUGCCUGAGAUGCUCUUCCACCCGUCUGACAUCGGCAUCCAAGAGAUGGGCAUUCCUGAAGCCAUUGUCCACUCCAUUCAGUCCAUGCCGGAAGAGAUGCAGCCCCACUUCUACCAGAACAUCGUCCUGACUGGAGGGAACACUUUGUUUCCAGGCUUCAGAGAGCGGCUAGAGGCAGAUCUUCGAUCUCUCAGCCCCAGCCACCUCCCUGUGUCAGUACUGCUGCCUACAAAUCCAAUCUGUUACUCAUGGGAAGGAGGGAAGCUGCUGUCCCACAACCCGGACUACGAUGAGAUGGUGGUGACCAGGGAGGAUUAUGAAGAAAAUGGACAUUUCAUUUGUGAAGAAAAGUUUGACAUUUGAGUGGAUGGAAACUCUGAGCCUUAGUUCCCUGCGUGUCUCUGAGAUAGAAAGACUGAAUCUUAGUAAACAGAGUCAGUCAAACUGAUCAGUAACACAUCAACUAAACUUUUAUACUCAAGUCUGCGAUACUUUCAGAACAAACACCUUAUUUAAAACAUCUGCCUUGGAAAUCGGACUGUAACACAGAUUGAAACAAGUGAAAAGAAAAAAAUGAAGUGCUUGUUGAGACUGUUGUUGUUAUUUUAGUACUAAGUAUGCCAGUAAAGUAAGUCUGUUGUUGAUUUAGUGUGGAUGUGCCAUCUGACUGUUUUGUUAGGCUAACAACAGACUAACUACUCAAUAUCAGGACACCAGCAAAUAGACUCUACGUAGUGAGUGUGAAUGUUUAAAUCAUAGACGGAUGGCAGACAGUGUGGCUGAAAGCAAAUUUAAUUCAGUUGUCUAGAUUACGAACCACAAGAAACUCUUGGUAAUGAGGGAUGAAAUUUAACUGUGUUAAUGUAAAGUACAUCUUCCAAAGCCAGGUCAUCAAACAAAUAAGAUACUUUUAUACAAGAACUGUUUUUUUUUUUUUUUUUUACCUGCUCUUCUUUCAUGUAUGUUCAUAUUUGUCAUUGUUGCUGACAUUAAAAAAAGAAAAACAAAGUAAC